GGUGUCCAUGUCGGGAUUAUAUAAUGUGGACAAGGAGGCCUGUUGGACAUCGGCUCCUCAGAUCGCAAGCAGAAUCUGUCAAAGUUAUUUUUGGAUCAGCACCAGCGGCCUUCUACUCGUAGAGAUGACGUGCACAACAGCCAAGCGUGGUAAGUAUCAUGUCACUCUAUAUCACAUGGAAUAUUUCUUUAAACCAGCCUAUAGACAUACAUAUCUCUGGAACAUCCAUUGACUUAUAUUUCUCUAGAUAAACCAUUAGACUUACAUAUCUCCAGAUCAGCCAUGAGACACAUUUCUCUACAUCUGCCAUGAGACACAUUUCUCUAGAUCCGCCAUGAGACACAUUUCUCUAGAUCAGCCAUGAGACACAUUUCUCUAGAUCAGCCAUGAGACACAUUUCUCUAGAUUAGCCAUUAGAAACAUUUCUCUGGAUAAGCCAUGAGACACAUUUCUCUAGAUCCGCCAUGAGACACAUUUCUCUAGAACCGCCGUGAGACACAUUUGUCUAGAAUCGCCAUGAGACACAUUUGUCUAGAUCAGCAAUGAGACACAUUUCUCUAAAUCAGCCAUGAGAUACAUUUAUCUACAUCAGCCAUGAGACAUAUUUCUCUAGAUCAACCAUGAGACACAUUUCUCUUGAUCUGCCAUGAGACACAUUUCUCUAGAUUAUUAAUUAGACACAUUUCUCUAGAUCCGCCAUGAGACACAUUUCUCUAGAUCAGCCAUGAGACACAUUUCUCUAGAUCCGCCAUGAGACACAUUUCUCUAGAUCAGUCAUGAGACACAUUUCGCUACAUCUGCCAAGAGACACAUUUCUCUAGAUCCGCCAUGAGACACAUUUCUCUAGAUUAGCCAUGAGACACAUUUCUCUAGAUCAGCCAUGAGACACAUUUCUCUAGAUCAGCCAUGAGACACACUUCUCUAGAUCAGCCAUGAGACACAUUUUUCUAAUCAACCAUGAGACACAUUUCUCUACAUCUGCCAUGAGACACAUUUCUCUAGAUUCGCCAUGAGACACAUUUCUCUAGAUCAGCCAUGAGACACAUUUCUCUAGAUCAGCCAUGAGACACAUUUCUCUAGAUCCGCCAUGAGACACAUUUCUCAAGAGUAGCCAUUGGACACAUUUCUCUACAUCAGCCAUGAGACACAUUUCUCUAGAUCAGCCAUGAGACACAUUUCUCUAGAUCCACCAUGAGACACAUUUAUCUAGAUCAGCCAUGAGACAUAUUUCUCUAGAUCAGCCAUGAGACACAUUUCUCUACAUCAGCCAUGAGACACAUUUCUCUAGAUCAACCUAUGAGACACAUUUCUCUAGAUCCGUCAUGAGACACUUUUCUCUAGAUCAGCCAUGAGACACAUUUCUCUAGAUCAGCUAGGAGACACAUUUCUCUAGAUCAGCCAUGAGACACAUUUCUCUAGAUCCGCCAUGAGACACAUUUCUCUAGAUCAGCCAUGAGACACAUUUCGCUACAUCUGCCAUGAGACACAUUUCUCUAGAUCCGCCAUGAGACACAUUUCUCUAGAUCAGUCAUGAGACACAUUUCGCUACAUCUGCCAUGAGACACAUUUCUCUAGAUCCGCCAUGAGACACAUUUCUCUAGAUCAACCAUGAGACACAUUUCUCUAGAUCAGCCAUGAAACAAAUCUCUCUAGAUCAGCCAUGAGACACAUUUCGCUACAUCUGCCAUGAGACACAUUUCUCUAGAUCAGUCACGAGACACAUUUCUCUAGAUCAGCCAUGAGACACAUUUCUCUAGAUCCACCAUGUGACACAUUUCUCUAGAUCCGCCAUGAGACACAUUUCUCUAGAUCAGUCAUGAGAUACAUUUCUCUUGAUCCGCCAUGAGACACAUUUCUCUUGAUCUGCCAUGAGACACAUUUCUCUAGAUUAUUAAUUAGACACAUUUCUCUAGAUCCGCCAUGAGACACAUUUCUCUAGAUCAGCCAUGAGACACAUUUCUCUAGAUCCGCCAUGAGACACAUUUCUCUAGAUCAGUCAUGAGACACAUUUCGCUACAUCUGCCAAGAGACACAUUUCUCUAGAUCCGCCAUGAGACACAUUUCUCUAGAUUAGCCAUGAGACACAUUUCUCUAGAUCAGCCAUGAGACACAUUUCUCUAGAUCAGCCAUGAGACACACUUCUCUAGAUCAGCCAUGAGACACAUUUCUCUAGAUCAGCAAUGAGCCUAACUAUCUCCAGAUCAGAAAUUAUACUAACAUUGUACAGAUCAGCCAAUAGACUUACAUAUCUCUAGAUCAGCCGUGUUACUAAAGCAUGUCUGUAUUAGCCAUUACACAUGUGUAAACUUUGUGAUACAGAUCUAAUCGAUACGCGUAUCCAUAGAUGUGAUUAUAUGUUCAUGUCGCCAUAAGCCCAAAUUGGGUAGCUUUUCGCACGUUAAAAAUAAUAAACAAUAAUAAUUCAUUUCUUUUGAGAGCAUCAAAUCGAAUCAAAAGUAAUAACUUUAUUUCCAGGGGUGUCCAACCUGUGGGGCAUGACCUCACUUGGUGUCACAAAGAGUGAUAGGCUCCAACCUGUGGGGCAUGACCUCACUUGGUGUCACAAACAGUGGUAGGCUCCAACCUGUGGGGCAUGACCUCACUUGGUGUGACAAAGAGUGGUAGGCUCCAACCUGUGGGGCAUGACCUCACUUGGUGUCACAAAGAGUGGUAGGCUCCAACCUGUGGGGCAUGACCUCACUUGGUGUCACAAAGAGUGGUAGGCUCCAACCUGUGGGGCAUGACCUCACUUGGUGUCACAAAGAGUGGUAGGCGGCUGAAAGGAAAUACUAUUUUUUUUUGUUUUAAAAUUCAUUUUUAAACGAAUGAUUUCUUAAGGACCGAAUAUGAUCAUGAUACGCCCAUGUACUUAUUUUACGUCUGUUUGAGCUUGGAUUUAUAACCCAUCUUUAUUUUAAGAUCACCCAAAAGAAAGAAAGAAAAAGAAUGAGAUCAAAUGUUGAGAUAACGUGAGGCCAUCAUCAGAUGAUUUGCUAAAAGGGGAGGGGGCAGAAAGGGGGUGGGGCAGAUUUCACCGGGAGCCAGUUGGUGCGCAAACAAUGAGUUGAGAAAGGGGGGGGGGGGUAAAUUCUUCGUAUUAUUUGGUGGGUGGCUGGUUAGCUCACUGGCAAAAUCCUCGGACGGCUAAUUCACCCGCUUCCCGUCAACGUAUUGAGUUGAAACUUGGCACGUAGACUCACAGCCGAUGAAAACACAUUCUCUCUAAUUGCCAGCCCCAUCCCCUAUCCCAACCACCAAAAAAUCAGCCCCCCCCCCCUAUUCUUCAAUGGUAAUAUGAAGGAAAAUUCCCGAUAACAGCGCUAAAAGAGAUUCUUAUUUUUAAAUUUUUUUAAAAAAACAUAUCGCAAUUGCGUUUGGUGCAUUGUAUUUUCUUUUGUGAUUUAAAAAAAAAAGUUGGUGAAAUAAAUCAGGGGUGUAAAAACGGGUGGGUCAUUAGAAUAGGAAUAGAGUUCAGGGGCGUCAACAAAAUGUGUGGUUGCGAGCCUUGGCCCGGGGGGGGGAGGGGAGGGGGGUUGGAGAGCACUAAUUGGGAUUCUUAUAAAAAGCGUUACUUGUUUGCAUGUGUUGGCAACUUUUCAGCCCCACCACCCCCCCCCUCCCCCAAUUGCUCCAUAUAACAUUUUAAAAAGGUUUUAUCAACAAAAAAACAUCUUUGUUUUUAAGGGUUGUUUGAUUAUUUGAUGAAAUUAAUGGGCUUCAGGGUAGAAAAGAAGGUGCGGUCGGCGUGAAGAUAAUUGUUUACCCUUGCAUCUCUACACUGUAACUACUCCGGUAAUUGUUUACCCUUGCAUCCCUACACUGUAGCUACUCCGGUAAUUGUUUACCCUUGCAUCCCUACACUGUAACUACUCCGGUAAUUGUUUACCCUUGCAUCCCUACACUGUAACUACUCCGGUAAUUGUUUACCCUUGCAUCCCUACACUGUAACUACUCCGGUAAUUGUUUACCCUUGCAUCCCUACACUGUAGCUACUCCGGCCAACAGUGAGGAAAACCUCAACCUUCACGUUUCGGAGGCUUCUUUAACGAGAUACAACGUCAGCCAUCGCUUUUGAUAGACGUCUGAAAGUUCACAUUAUAUUGACUCUUAUUGUAAUUACCCUUAUCUUAUGCACGCCUUAUAAACCUUCACAGAGCUUUAUUUCUAUGCUCACCAUCUUGAACAACUGACAUCUUCUGUUCACAGGUCGGAUGGUGAUGAUGGUGAUGACGCCGUUGCUGUUGAUGAUGAUAGCACCUGGAACAGCUCAAGCUGUUGGGUCACCACAAGGUCCCAGGGCUCCGAGAUGGUUAGGACCAAUAAAAAAUCCUGGAUGGCCCAUUCCUCCGAUUCCUGUAACGUUACCAUUCACGAUACCAACUGGAAUUCCUCCAAUGCCAUCACUACCCCCUUUGCCAGAUAUAAAAAUUGAAGGUACACAAUCAGACUUUGUAAACGAUAUAUACUUUAUUUUUUACAAUAUUCUAUUUUUACAAUACUUACGGUAAUUAUUAAAAUUCUUUAUUUUUACAAUGCUUUUUUUUUUUAAAAUGCUUAUGUUUACAACACUUUAUUUUGACUAGUUCUUACUCUAUACUCUUCUUUAUGUCAUUUUCUGCACAUUAACUAUUUACCCUACGCCCCCACCCCCACAAUCCCCUCCCCCAAUCCCCAGCCACCCCGCCCCAGCUAUGUAUUCAAGAACUAAAAAGAAGAACAUCGGUUUAGUUUCAGGAGAAUUUUACAUUGUCCAAACUUAAGAUCAAGAUCAAAGGUCAUUUAGAAAAGUCAACGGUCACAGAAUAUUAAACAUAAUAAAUGUUGCUUUAUUUAAAAGGUGUAGUGGGUGGGAAGAGAGUAGUUGGUAGGCUGUGUGGGGCUGUUCUUAAAAGAAAAAAAAAAACUUGAUUUGUGUGUUUUUAAAUAUGUAAUACAUUGUAUUAAGUAGCGAUGUAUGUCCAAAUAGGCAAGCUGGGUUAAGAAAAGCUGUUUUCCUAAAUGGGCAAUAAGUUAAGCUAAGUAAGGAGGGGGACUCACAUAAACCAAAGGAAUGAGAAUCGUCGUGGGUCCCUUUUUAUGUUUAGCAACAACAGCAAUGAACGAUGAAAGGGAGUAAACUUCGCCAGCAUCAACUCAUGAUGACAACGGUUUUAUUUCCAGAAAUCUGCAAGAAGAUUAUCAAAAGUCUGGGCCAGCAACUGUGUGACAAGUUCGGCAUCGGAGAGUGCGUCUGCAACACCUUGGUCAACUACCCACUUUCAUUUGUGUGUGGCUAACUGUUGGAAUGGACGGUUCUUCCCUGUGAAAUCCGGACGGCUCAUACGAUAUCCGAAUGACAUAAUAAAACCGAUAAAUCUUUGAAAGCUGCCUUCAUGGUUUGGU